AAAUGAAGUUAUGCCAGGUAGCCAAACUGAAUCCAGCAGAAAAAGCAAGGAGAGAGUGAGCGAGUUAGAUAGAUAGAUAGAUAGGUAUUGGUAGAGAGCGAGUUAGUUUAUCUGUAUUUUUUUCUUCAUCGGGCUGGUUUCCCUCCUCUUCACAUCAUGGGGCUGUUGUCGAUCCUUCGGAAACUCAAAUCUUCCCCGGAUCGUGAAUUGAGGAUCCUUCUCCUAGGCUUGGACAAUGCAGGCAAGACCACGAUCCUGAAGCAAUUGGCCUCCGAAGAGACCACGCACAUCACCCCUACCCAAGGGUUCAACAUCAAGUCCGUCCAAUCCGACGGGUUCAAAUUGAACGUUUGGGACAUUGGCGGUCAGAGAAAGAUCCGUCCCUAUUGGCGGAACUACUUCGAGAACACGGACAUCCUCAUCUAUGUGAUCGACUCGGCAGACACGAAGCGCUUCGAGGAAACGGGCCAUGAGCUCCAGGAGCUGCUCUGCGAGGACAAGCUCAACGAGGUGCCCUUGCUGAUCUUUGCCAAUAAGCAGGAUCUGAUUGGCGCGGCUGCGGCCAGCAACAUCGCCGAAGGACUUGGCUUGCACCAAAUCAAGGAUCGGGCUUGGCAAAUCCAGGCUUGCUCGGCCUCUUCUGGAGAGGGCGUCAAGGAUGGCAUGGAAUGGGUUUGCAAGACCGUGAAAAAGUGAUGGCCAUAUCAAGGCGCCCCUCUCUACCAAGUGUCUGCUUACCCUACUACCACUUGUGAUCUUUAUUCCGUGACUUGAUUUACCUGUACUCUCCUGGUUUAAUUGUAGCAUAAUGUGUACGACAAUGUACUACAAGUCAAGUGUGGCUUACUUUGAGUUGAGCAUUUUCGAUGAGCUUGAUGAGUCCAUCAAGAAUUACCUCCCUCGCCAGAUAUUCCGUCCAGUAUAUCUGCUCUUUAAUCAGUUGGCACUUCAGAACGAGUCCCACGAUUAAACCAACGAAUGUGGUAUGUUCAGUGAGUGAAUGAGUGACAAGAGCCUGAGAGAUGAAUAUGACAAGUAUGAAGUGAUUCGUGUGCUGUUUGAUAAGUCGUUCAAUAAAUUGAAUUCCCUUGUGGUAUUUGUCCAAU